UUGGUCGAGGCUUUUGAGUGUAAACAAAAUGUGACAGAUAGAGACUUGUCAGACGCCAGCUGAUUAGCAAUAUUGAUUUAAUCAACAGAGAUUUGAAAAUGAUUUAAUCAUGACACUCAUUAGCAAAAAAGUAAUUUUAGGACUUGUUGUAUUUUUAGUAUUAUAUGAUAACUUCGAAACAACUGAAUUUGAUCCGUUGGGUUAUAUAUUGUAUUGUCCAUGCAUGGGCCGAUUUGGAAACCAAGCAGAUCAUUUUCUAGGUUCUCUCAAUUUUGCCCAUCAUUUAAAUAGAACUUUAGUUCUUCCUCCUUGGGUAGAGUAUAGGUAUGGGGAAUCAAAGUCAGUCCAAGUGCCGUUUGAUACAUAUUUUCGCGUGGAACCCUUGAAGAAGUUUCAUAAAGUUAUAACUAUGGAAGAUUUUAUGGAAAAUGUAGCUCCUUUCGAAUGGCCAAAAAAUCAAAGAAUAUCUUUUUGUUAUAUGGCUAGAGGUACAGGAGACACUUGUAGUGCUAAAGAAGGAAAUCCAUUUGGACCUUUUUGGGAUACAUAUAAUGUAGACUUUGUAGGUUCAGAAUUUUAUGGUCCUCUUCAUUACGAUACUCAUCAUCACAAUAUGACUAAUCUCUGGAGAGAAAAAUAUUCCCCUAGUAAAUGGCCUGUUUUGGCUUUCACAGGAGCACCAGCAAGUUUUCCAGUACAACAAGAAAAUAUUCAUCUUCAGAAGUACUUGGAAUGGUCAGAUUCCAUUGAAAGAGAAGCAAAUUCUUUCAUCAAGAAUAAACUUCCUAAAGGGGCUUUUGUAGGUAUCCAUCUACGCAAUGGUAUAGAUUGGGUAAGAGCAUGUCAGCACAUACCACAAAGUCCUAGUCUUUUUGCAGCACCCCAAUGUCUUGGCUACCAAAGUGAAAAGGGACCGGCAACUGCAGACAUGUGUCUACCUAGUCAAGAAACUAUAAUCAGACAGCUGAAGCGUGUUAUAAAAAAUAUUAACAACUCAGUGAAUAACAACAAUGAUCAUACAAUAAAAUCAGUGUUUGUUGCAUCAGAUAGCAAUCAUAUGCUUGAGGAACUCAAAAUUGCUCUUCAAAGAAUGAAAGUUAAGAUUUUCAAAUAUCCAGAGUCAAAUCCUCAUAUAGAUUUGUCAAUUUUAGGUAAAUCAAAUCAUUUCAUUGGUAAUUGUAUAUCUACUUAUAGUGCAUUUGUUAAAAGGGAGAGGGACAUUAAAGGUUUUCCUUCAUCCUUUUGGGCAUUUCCUACUCACAAAAACAGUAAAAAUAAUAAAAUAAAACAUGAAGAGCUAUGAUAAAACCUUUAAUAUUAUGAAAUUUUUUUUGUAUUACACGUGACUUAUUCUAAGCACUUUGAAAACACAUCUUUGAAUUUUUUAUAUUCACACUUAACACUAUAUAACAUUAACACAAUGACACUGUCUGUUUCUUUGAGACAAAUAUGAACAAGUAGGACCAAUGGAAAAAUUGAAGCACCAGGUAGUGUAAUUGUGAAUGUUGCUGUAGUGGUAUUAGUACCUAAUAUGUACAGUAUUUUUUCUAUGCUAUGUCAACAAAUAAUGUUAUCAAGCAGCUACUCAUACUGUUUGUAAUAGCUUGUUUAUAAAAGUAUUAUAUUUAUUCAUGAUUAUGUUUCCAUAUUGGAAAUUUAGAAAUUUUCCAGUGAAGAAAUUGCUAUGAAGUUACAUCUAAAUAGAAAACAUGCAAAAAAAUCUGGUUUCAAAUUAAAAGGAAAUGUUAACUGAAUGAGCCUUCACUCUUUUCAUGAAAGUGUAAUUCGAAGCUGGAAGGGAAAAGUAUUUUUUUAAUAUGGUUGAUAAUAUUAUUAUAUAUUCUUCCUUUUUAGUUCAUAUAUAAAACUGUGGAAUGUUUUUCCUUCAAACUAUAUGCAAAAAUGUUUACUUUUGUGUUUUGAAGUAUACUUUGAGCACUUAUAUUUGUUGUUUCUUCUCGCUCUAUUACUUGCUUAUGGUUCCCCACAGUACAAUGCGUAAGUCUGUAUAAUGAGAUUUUUUCAUCGGUCUAGUUACAAUCUGCUUGCUUUUUCUAAAAUUCCCAAUAAUUCCCAUUUUUUCCUUCUAUAAAUUGUUGUACCACCUGGUUUUUCUUUCCUAAAAUUGCUUUUUUGAGAUCCUUAGAAAUUAUGAUGCUUGCGCUUCCACUCGUAGUGUUUUCAUUCAAUUAUCCAUUUCAUGUGUGUUUGAUGACUGCUCUACUAUCGCAGCUCAUAUUUUCUAUACUCAUUUCUUUUAAAACGGAAAGCGUAUAACAUGUAUUUUCACUUGGAAAAAUUUGCCUGGACUUAUCUAUGUAGCAUAAAUUAUAUAGUUUAUUUAAAAAAACUCAAUUCACUAGUGAUUGAUUAUUUGCUUCAACAAAAAGCCAUUGUUACUCGGUGUGACUCGCAAUAUUAAAUAAACCAUCUGCUUUUGGAUAAAAUGGUGAUAAAAAUAUGUAAUGUUACCAAUAUUUCACAAAAAUAUAUUAAUUAAGAACAAUGUUAUGUUACAUUACACCUUGUAAAAAUUUAUUUAUUAAUACUUUUUAGAACAAACAAAGUAACAUAGAUAUUUAGUAAAAGAACUGAUUUAUAUGUAACUUUAAAUGGACAAUUUACCAAUAAUAAAAUUGAAUAGUAAAAACCAGUAAAAAAAUUCCCGAAUAUUACAAAA